UGAUUUUCUGUCCUUGUACCUCCGAGUUGGAUUUUCAAGUGACUUAUGACGCGCAAGACGCGAUGUGUUGAGAUGACAGAUGUACAUGAUGAUGUUGAUGACCAGGUGGGAGUUGAUCUACCUAAUAUACCAUAUUGCACGAGAGUCCUCUUUCUUUUUCCUCCUCUCCCCUCAAACUCUCUCACUUGCUCUUCUCCUCUCUCUCUCUCUCUCUCUCUCUCGAACACACACACACACACACACACACAUACAUACACAUCGGUUGAAAUCCAACCCCAUUUAUAGACACUCCCUGCCCCUGGCGUGUCGUGUCGCAAGUGAAACGGAUGCUGAAACGAGCCAAGAGCGGUAGAUCGGUUAUUCUGCCGUGCCUUGGACGAAGGAAGUAGUCCAGGCCGAGGCCGAAUUGCUGAACUACUCCAUUGCUCGGCCGCUCAUGCCUCUU